GCAGCCUCUACGCCCAAGGGUGGCUUGAACCAGUGCGCCAAGCACAAGGGUUACUACGACUCCUACAUGAACGGUAUCACAUGGGAGCAGUUCUCGGCUAUGUACCAGGUCGAGAAGACGGGGAUCACACUCGACAAGGCAUUCGAGCAGCACUCUAACGACAAGGGCCCGAACUUCGUACCCGAAUCAGUUCAAAUUGGCCAGUCUUUCAAACAGCGUAUGGUGGUGAAGUACACUGCCCCAACGAUGAGCGACUUGAAGUAUACAGUGAAGCAAGUAUUCGAUUGGGAUAUCACCCGCAAGCUCCUGGCUGGCGUGCCGAUGGUGAAAGCCAGGGACCCGCGCACCGACCAGCUGGAGGAGUUCUACUUGUUCCCAUACGACCCCGUCAGCGACUGGCCCACCUGGGUCUGCGAGUUCGUCUUGGAGCAAGGCCAGCGCAAGCAGGCCAUGUCGCCAGAGCAGUACGCAUACUUGAACCAAGGCGAGGAGGUCUUCGACUGCGUGAAGAGCACCGUGGACUCCAAGUAUGGCCCGAGAGACAGCAAGUACAAGCUGACGGUUACCUGGGAAGAUUUCCAAGAUCGUUUGGCCACGAAGGAAAACAAGAGGAUCGCGAAACUCCAGUCAGGCAAGGCUGUCAAUGUCAAUGACGAUGAUGACGAUGACGACAUUGGUGGCCCUGAAGUCGGCGGUGAUGGCAGCGCCAAGCAGCAGGCGCGCGGGCGAAGAGUGAGUUGCGGGUCGGGUGCCAGCUCGAGGGCUCGCUCGGCGCCAGGUGCCACGGGAUCCGCUCAGGACAUGGUUGUCGAUCCCGCCCAGCCAAGUCUUGUCACAGUCCCAAUGGGCAGGAUUACGAAAUCGUUGGAAGUGCUGUCCGAUGCGGAAGGACCCCGCCGCAGCCCGCAAGCCAGCCCCCGCGGCCCGCCCUCGGCGGCCAAGUCCGACUCUGCGCCUGUGAUUGGUGGGGAGAAGGUUUACGCCGUGCACGAGAGCGACGAUGACACCGCGAGCCAGGCGAGCCUGAUCACAAUCGCCAAGACUGUGCGAAUGCAGUUAAAGGGUGAUGAUGCCACCAUCUGCAAGGAUGACCCAGCCGACGUCAUCGUCGCAGAUCACAGGAAGCGUUGCGACCUCUGGAAGGCAAUGGAGUUGGGCAACCAGGGGAACGCUCGUCACCAAGCCACGUUGGCAGCGAGGCGCCUUCGCGAGAAGAAGCUCAACACCAAGGCCGACACGAUCGAUGCCUGGACUCAGAAGCAUGCCAAGGUGGAGGAACUCUCCCACGUGAAGAUCUUCAAGGCGGACCCAGAAACCGUGAACAAUGCCCUGAAGUGCGCGUUGCUGGAGUUCGAUCGGCUCCCCCUCCAUGUGGAAGUCGACCUGGUGACUAUCAAGGCGCGGGACGCCCGCAUGCGUUGCGACUUGGACGCAGCUUCGCUCAACGCCUGCUUCGACAUCCUCUGGCCCAUCGCUGUUGUUCACGGAGAUGGUGGGAAUGGGGAGCCGCAGCCAGAGUUUGAUUGGUAUGAUCCCAUGGGGUCGCUGAUGAGGUGCAGCUUUAAGGACAAGGCGAAGCUAUUCAGGAGCGAGUGGACGCAGGCGGUCGUGGUUGACGGCAUGUACACGCAGGACGAUGGUGCCUCUGCCGAUCUGAUCCAACGACAUGCCGAGCACGUCCUCAACAAGCUGAAGCAGAAUUGCAGCGAGUUCGGCGAAUUGACUGACGACGCAGCGGACCUCAUCGGGGAGACUCUGCUCAUGAUGAGGGUCAUUUGCGGCCUCUGCGACAUGAGGAACCUCGUGCACGAUGAGUACUUCAUGGCCGUUGACAGCUUCUCGCAGGUCAACUUAGCGGGCAAGGAGCUGUCGCCCAUGCCGCACAAGUUCUACUGCGCCCUGACGGAGUCAAAGUUCUUUGGCAAGCUGUUCUUCAAGUUCUCCGAUUUGCGCCCGAUGCUGUUGGACUUCAGGGCCAACAGUGCCAUGGUUGAGGACUUCAUGGAGGGAGUGACAGAGGACUCGGACUCCAAGGACGGCUCUCGUACGUUCGACAUGCGCGACCCUGACGCGCUCACGAAGUGUUUGACUGUCUACAACACGGCGGGUGCAGCUGGCCUCACCGAUGUCGUUUCGGGAUUCGGGAAUGAGGUUAGCAAGUGCAUCGUCAAUUACGGGGAGAUGUUGUUGGAGGCGGUCAGUGCCGCCCCUGACGCGGGGUUGCACUGCGAUAUCGUUAGCGGCUUCAGCAAGGUCCUCUCGGAAGCAUCUGUGACGUUCCCCCACAAUGGCGACAUCGCUGAUCAACUUAACAAAAUCGGGCUGAUCCUGCAGAGAGGGGCAGCAAAGACGAACACGGACAAGGUGUUCGGCUCGUUGCGCGAUUGUGCCGAGGACCCCUGCGACGAGAAGCUCGACCUCGCCGUGCAGACGCUCAAUGCGAACAAGCAUUUGGAGAUCUCCGUUGCGCAGGGCACGGAUGUCAAGAAUUACGUGGUCUCCCUUGUGAAGAGCAUGAUCGUCAACCCAAGCUUAGACAUCACGCACAGCAAAGUGAACGACGUGUGUUGCAACUUCCUCAAGCUCGUGCCUGGCGGCGCCGACGACUUGCACGCCCUGGCAACCUCCAUCGUGUCAUUCGUUGCGUGCACCAAGCGCCUGACGGAGUCCAUUGCCGCGAUCGGGGAGAGGGGUGCAGAUUCGGAGGCUAGCGAUAACAUCGAUGAUAUCGUAGACUUGAAGCAUGCCUUGGACGUUAUGGACUCCACCAAGCCUCCACCGAAGUCGUGCGAGCUGCAGGGCGGGCACUUCAGCGACGUCAUCGAUUCACUGCAUGACAAGGCUGGCGCCGAGAGUUCGAAUGGGAAGGAGCUGCUGACGGCGUUCGCCACGAAGGAGGUCGACCACUCCAAGAACUCGAUGGCCACGCUCACGUCAAUAAUCAACCAGGUGGCUGGCGGCAUGGGGGACAGCAAACACUGGCUGGAUGGCUUCGUCGAGCCGCGGAAGGUGAACCUCAAGACGUUCCUUGCGCACGCUGGGAAGACGAUCCGCAAGUCGGAGGUGGCCGCGUCCUUGGACGCUCAGGUGGACAAGUUGCUCGAGGAGUUCGCCAGCACCCUGAAUUUCAAGAUCGACACCGCCGCGAUCCGCGAGGCGGAGAUUGCGAUGAAGGCGGCCGCGCAGACGUUCGCGGCGGGCAAGAUCAUCUACUAUUUCGAGAACUGCAAGACGACUGCCGACAAGAGGAACAAGGUCGCAGAUGCGGUGAAGCGCUACUUGGAUGGUGCGACGACCGACUGCCCCAGGGCCAUCGCUGACUUUGGCAAGUCGAUCUGCGAGAUCAUCAAGCAAUCGAAAGAGUUCACGGCCUGA